GGUGAGUCUUUGAGAGCAGGCAGGGCUCAGUUUGACGAAGCUCAAAAAAAGUCCGCGGGGAAGUUCCCUAGGAAAUCCCCCAAAGACGGUGCGGGGAUAUUAUUGUGCGCCAAAGCGUCGACACAAUUGACCUUCCUCGGUCCAUUUCUAAAGUCACAGGGCUGUUAGCGGAGGUGUCAAAUGCUGGAUUACUAAAACGGACUCGUUAGUCUGUCAAAAACAAAAACCCAACCAAGCCAAACUAUGGAUAACGCCAGCGUGACCUCGGAUACCGACGCGAAGCUGCGGAGCUGCAGCACGCUGAAUACUCUGUACCACGAGACGCAGCAGGAGCUGGAGCUGCUGAACAAACAGAUCACCGUGAAGGACAACAUCAUCGCAGACCUGAAGGCGAGGCUGGGGAGGUACGAGAGGAUCUACAUGACUGUGGGAGAUAACGAGUCUGUGGUCGUCGGGCCGUCCAAGUCUCUGCUGGACAGUUUGUGCAAAGAGAUAUGCAAACAGAAGCAGAAGAGGAAAGACUUGGAGUUAAAGGCGUCUCGACAGACAGAGGAGAUCCAGAGGCUGAACAUGCAGCUCAGAGAGAAGGAGCUGGAGUUGGAGAAGGUCAGGGGUCAGCCGGACCACGAGAAGGACCAGGAGAUCCACAGGCUGCGGUCGGCCCUGGAGGAGAGGGAGCGGUCCGAGGCCACCAGAGCCGUACUCUGCACGUCCCUGGCAGAGGAGGCUGACCAGCUGCGCGGCCAGCUCGGCGCCACCGUGAAGGUGUGCCAGGAGCUGCUGGCCAGGCUGGAGGGAGAUAGGAAGAAGGGGGGAGGAGAAGGGGAGGAUGUGGCUCUGCAGCAAAGGUCUAAGGAGAUGCCAGACUCCUUUGACAACAGUGGUGCUAACGCCCAAAUCUGUCAACUUCAAGAGGAGAAUCAACAGCUAAAGCAGCGAGUUGCAUAUGUCCAGAGUCUGAACUCUCGGUGGCAGAAGUAUGACGCCAGCAGGGAGGACUAUAUCAGAGGUUUAUGUCAGAGGCUAAAGGAGACCUCUGGGCCGGCUUUGAUGCCGGGCCUGGGCUCUAUAAGCAGCAGUGUGCUUCAUCAUGAGAUCACCAGGCUCAACGGCUUGCUCGAGGAGAGGAUGAGCGAGUGUGAGCGGCUGAGUAGAGAAGUGGAGGAGAUGAGGAGGCGAGACAACGAGCGCAUCCAGACUCUGCAGCAGCAGGUCCUCAUCUACGCAGACGACUUUAAGUCGGAGCGUGGCGACAGAGAGCGAGCACAGGGUCAGAUCCAAGACCUGAAGGAGCAGAUUUAUAAGUUAAAACAGCAGCUACACAAACAGCAGGGAGCAAGCAGAGAGACCAGAGACGUGGUUCCUGUGUGUCGUGUGCACAUAGGGCACAGGAUCACCUCGAGGCGUCAUAAGGACUCUUCAGAGCCGCUGUUGAGGACCACGGCUGAGUUGCAGCAGCAGCAGCAACCCGCCGCUGCAGCAGCAGCAGCGAUCCCUGCGUGGAACGAACGCCCAGGCCUGUCAGAGUUACAGUGCCCGCGUUGCCUCGCCACGUUUAGAGACACGGACUACUCAGAGUACCUGAACCAUUGUGAAGACUGUGCCAGACUAUAAACAGAACACUUGUUUUUUUUAGGGGGCGGACAGACAGACAGACACCUAUCACUCACUGACAGUAACUGAACACUGAAGAGCAGCACUACACGGCAGAACAUAACCGAGUGGAGUUUCCAAUGCGGAGAGACUUGACUACAAAUGAAACGACUGACUUGAGAUGUUUGUACAUAAUGGAGCAAAACUGUACAACCCAAAGUUCCCCCUGUCGCAAGAGAAAUGAGUGGAUCAGGCUUUUUCUUUUAAGUCUGCAUAGUGAGCAGUGUCAGGUUCUUAGUGUUCUCCUGUGGCAAUGCAGGAGAUUAUUGUGGUGGGAAAGUGGAUGUCCAUGCAAUAUAUCGAAUAUCAUAUACCUCAAUGUGUCAAAUUACAAACCUGUUGCACUUUCUUGACAUUUAGCCAAAAAACUGAAUCGUAGGAUCGUACGAUUAAGACAUUCAUGACGCAUAAGCUUCUUAUUUUGGAUAAUAUGGUGCUAUUUGUUGUUUAUUUUUUUGAUUGAACUUUACAUAUUCUGUCCUGUAAAUUAUAUAUUCUUAAUAAGAGAUUUUAAAAUAUAUAACUAUAUUAAUAUUUAUUCAUGUUGCAUAAAUAAUUGGAGAAGGCAAAGCAUUUUAGUGCAAUGCUUUUGAUGCCUUUUUUUUUUCCACCAAAGCCAUGAAAUAUUUGUUUCCUGGUACAGUUUAAGGAUAAAAAAUGUUAAUACAUUACAACUGGAAAAUAUGUUUUGUCCUUUUUUUUGUAACAGUGUAUGUAAAGAUUGCAUCCCAACUGACAAUAAUAUACUUAUUUUUUUGAGAUCUUGUGCUGUUUCUCUUGAGCCGGCACAUUAUUUUUGUAAUAAAAAACUGUUU